AUGACUUCAAGCCGGCCUCAGAGUCCCACGCCUCCCACUGGGACGGUGCAAGUGAACAUCACCUCGGGGGCAGCACCCGUUAGCGGCGCCACAGAGACUGAAACGCCCACCAGAGCCGAGCUAUCCCCGAAAUCUCAUUUGACGUCGACCAGCCCUGAGUUCACGACCCAGUUUCCCAGCUCGGCUUCAACCGAAUCCACCAUCUCCACCAGCCUGGCAGGGAUCCUCAACCCACGGGAACCGAAAAGGGGGUCCGUUUCAACACCCAAGCCAGGGCCGGCCACCUCAGCGGCCCCCACUGAGGAACCCAAGACCCCGCCGAGCAACGAGGUCCAGCCGUGCUCCAACCGGGCCGUGGUGAGGCAAUGCCUCGUGGUCAUCGGCGCCCUGGCCGCGCUGGCCACCGCCUUCAUGGUUUCAACCAUCGUCCUCUGCGCCAGGCUCUCAGCCAGGAAGCCCAACGCCAGGAGGCCCCAGCAGAUGACCGAGAUGAUGUGCAUCUCCUCUCUGCUGCCCGAGAGGAAUCACAACUACACCCGGCAACGCAACCCCAUCACAAACGGCGUGCUGGUGUUCCCCGCCGCCGGAGACAGCGACGAGGACGGAGGGGACAACCUCACGCUCAGCAGCUUCCUCCCAGAAAACGAGCGCUACGUUUGA